AUAAACGGGAGCUCAGUCAAUCCUCAAAGAUCUCCACAUUUCUCCAAGAGAGAGCAGAAUAUUUUGCACACAAAAUGAAAUCUAUUAUUGUUUUAACACUCCUCGUCGCCACAGUCUUCUGUGUACCUGUGAAGCGCUCAGCAAGCAGUUCAGAGAGCUCAGAAGAGCUUGUAAUUGUUCAACGGCCACCUCCUAUUCUUCGAAAAGCUGCUGCCAAUGUGUUCCAGGUAGAGCCUACACAGACCACGCCAACAGAAUCGAAUGAAAGCACAGACAGCGCAGAUGACACUGAGGAGGCAGAUGAGGAAUCUGAAACAGAUGAGAAGGAAGAGGAGAAUGAGACUGACUCCAGUGAGAGUGAAUCUGGAGAAUCUGAUACCACCAUCAUCCCAGUCACAGUCGAUCCCACGCUGGGUCCCAUUAUCAACACAGGCCGGGGAGACAGUUUGGGCUACCCUAGCGACUACAAAAAAUCCAUCGUCUAUGUGGACGCAAAAGACUUUGAGAAACUUCCUUCACCAUACAAAUCCUACAGCAGUGACAAACUGGGCGGCUUGACAUUUGUGAGCAAGAAGACGUCUGCCUAUGAUGAUCAGAGCAUCAAUGACGUGGAGAAAGAGAUUACACUGUACAAGGCUCUCCAGGUACAUGAUCUGGAGGACGGGAACACCAGCACCUCAGAGAUAGACAACAUCGAGGCAAAUGAGCGCCAGGCUGCCCUGGGAGCCCAAGAGAUUGUUCCCGUUGGGGACCAGGCAGCUACAGAAGAGGGGGCAAGUGCUAGGGACUCUCCCAGCGACAGCGCCAGUGCAAGUGCCAGCCAGGAGGAGAAUGAAGAAGAGUCGGAUAGUGAGGAGACCACAUCGACGCCGGGAGCUGCAGACAGCGAGUCCAACUCCUCUCAGAGCACAGAAAGCACAGAAAGCCAGGAGAGCGACUCAGAUGAGGAGACCACUCAGACCACUGAGGCCUCCAUCAUCAUCGUAAAGUAAACACAGCCGAGCACAAAUCCUCCAAGGGCUGUCGACACAAACGAAUGCAAAUGUAUACUGGUGCUUGGUGAUUUACUCAUGCUUAGCGUGAGUUAGACGACAGACGGCAGUGCACAAAGAUGCAGCUCAUACACUGAAAAAAAGAUUCAUUGUAUUUACUCAAUUUGUUUAAGAUAAGUGGUUGCAAACAAUUUAUUUGGCCUAAUUUUUAAACCAAUUAAAUUUUGUAAUGUUCAGCUAAUUUCAUUUGUUUAAAUUCGGCCCAUAUAAAUCAUUUGUAACCACUUACCUUUAAAAAUGUAGUAAAUUCAGUGAAUUAUUUUUUUUCAGUGUACGAGCUCUCGAACUGCUGCCAAACUUGUUCAGAUGCAGUUUCAUCUCAACAAUGUCUUCCUGUUCAUUGCACAUUUAUUUACAAUCUUAAUGUAAAUGUAAUUUUAUACUGCUCUAUGUAAUGAUUUAUCAUUUAUGAAUAAAUUUUGUCCAAUAU